AUGGCUGAAUGGUGUUAUAACACCACUGUCCAUUCUACCAUUAACAUCACUCCUUUCGAGGCUCUUUAUGGAUACCCUCCUCCUAACUUGUUGGCUUAUGUGCCAGGUACCUCUUCAAAUGAUGUUGUGGAUAACCAACUUAGGUCCAGGGAAGAGUUGCUGAUUUUAUUAAGGGAUAAUAUGCUCAGAGCACAACAAAGAAUGAAGUACUUUGCUAAUGGGAAAAGGAGUGACAGGUCAUUUGAGGUUGGGGAUUGGAUUGUACAAAAGCUAGGGACUGUGGCAUAUAAGCUGAAUUUGCCUGAAUCUUCAAAAAUACAUCCAGUCUUCCAUGUUUCCUGUCUUAAAAAGAAACUAGGCCAGCAUAUUGUACCAUUGCCUACUUUACCACCUACAGAUUUUUCUAGUCAUGUACAACCUGAGCCUCAACAUAUUCUUGAGAGGAGAUUACAAAGGAAGGGAAAUCAUGCUAUUAUAGAAGUGUUGGUUAGUUGGGUUGGGGCUACGGCUGAAGAUGCUUCUUGGGAAAGUUUGUAUAAACUGCGACAGCUCUAUCCUCAUUUGGUAGGAACUGUCCUAUGA